UGGAGGCGGCGCAUGGCUGGCAGAGCACCUGUGGGCCGGCAGCAGCAACAGGACGGCUGCCCACCUGCAGGACAUGGAGAAGGCCCGGCCGCUGUGGGACAACCCCUUGCAGUUUGUUUUUGCCUGCAUCUCUUAUGCCGUGGGGCUGGGGAAUGUCUGGAGGUUCCCAUAUUUGUGUCAGAUGUACGGUGGAGGUGGCUUUUUGAUCCCAUACGUCAUCAUGCUGAUCGUGGAGGGGAUGCCGCUGCUCUACCUGGAGCUGGCGGUGGGGCAGCGCAUGCGCAAGGGGAGCAUCGGAGCCUGGAAAAUAAUAAGCCCCUACCUCUGUGGGGUUGGCGUUGCCAGUGUGGUCGUCUCCUUCUUCCUCUCCAUGUACUACAACGUGAUUAAUGCCUGGGCUUUCUGGUACCUCUUCCACUCCUUCCAGGACCCACUGCCAUGGGCCACCUGCCCCUUGAACAGCAACCGCACGGGGUACGAGGAGGAGUGUGAGAAGACAUCUUCCACCCAGUACUUCUGGUACCGGCAGACCCUGAACAUCUCCCCCUCACUUGAGACCAGCGGGAACCUGCAGUGGGAGCAGGCACUGUGCCUGACACUGGCCUGGCUGGUGGUCUACCUCUGCAUCCUCCGUGGCACCGCGUCCACAGGCAAGGUCGUCUAUGUCACAGCCUCCUUGCCAUACUGUGUUCUCAUCAUAUACCUCAUCAGAGGACUGACACUUCACGGAGCUGUCAACGGGUUGAUAUACAUGUUUACUCCAAAGCUGGAGCAGCUGUCCAACCCCAAAACGUGGAUCAGCGCCGCCACACAGAUCUUCUUCUCACUGGGUCUGGGCUUUGGCAGCCUCAUUGCCUUUGCCAGCUACAAUGACCCGAGCAACAACUGUGAGCGGCAUGCCAUCAUCGUCUCCUUCAUCAACAGCACCACGUCCAUAUUCGCCAGUAUCGUGACUUUCUCCAUCUAUGGCUUCAAGGCGACAUUUAACUACGAAAGCUGCAUAAACAAGGUGAUCCUGCUGCUGAUGAAUACUUUCGAUCUGGAGGAAGGCUCCUUGACAGCAGACAACCUUAGUGAGAUGAAGGACUACCUCAUGGCUGCCCACCCACAGGAGUAUGCCCAGUUGUCGCCCCAGCUGAAAAACUGCAGCUUAGAAGCUGAGUUAGACACGGCUGUCCAAGGAACUGGGCUGGCAUUCAUUGUCUACUCAGAAGCCAUCAAAAACAUGGAGGUGUCUCAGCUGUACUCUGUGCUCUACUUUGCCAUGCUGCUAAUGCUGGGCAUUGGCAGCAUGCUGGGCAACAUCGCCGCCAUCCUUACGCCCCUGACUGACAGCAAGGCCAUCACCUCACGCUUCUCUAAGGAAGUGAUCUCUGGUUUUGUGUGUUUCAUCAACUGCAUCAUCGGCCUCAUAUUCACCAUGGAGGCUGGGAACUACUGGUUUGACAUAUUCAAUGACUACGCAGCCACCCUCUCGCUGCUGCUCAUCGUGCUGGUAGAAACCAUUGCUGUGUGCUACAUCUACGGGCUAAGAAGAUUUGAGAAAGAUCUUCACACGAUGAUUGGACGCAAGCUAAACUGGUACUGGAAAACAAUGUGGGCUUUUGCUAGCCCUUUGCUCAUUAUAAGCCUGUUUAUAUUUUACCUCACGGACUAUAUCCUGACAGGAACCCUUCAGUACCAAGCGUGGGAUAGCACACAGGGGCAGCUGGUGACAAGGGACUACCCCAGCUAUGCCCUGGCAGUGAUUGGGCUGUUGGUGGCCUCAUCCACCAUGUGCAUACCCCUGGGGGCACUCCUAACUUUCGUAAGGAAGAGACUGAAGAGGGAAAGAGUCUCCACUGUCGCAUGAACACAGAGAACUGGAUUGGGAAAGACCUCACCCGCACCACCAGUGACCGGGCACUUCUGGAAGCCAGCAGCAACCAUUACUUGUAGCAGCUACUUAGAGAUUGGAGUAUCUUGGUGCUAUAUUUACCAAAAAGUGCUCUUGGGAGGUCCCUCAGUGGUUCAGAAAACAAGCUCUCCUGUAACAAGAUGAAGCUUUAAUAUGGCCUCUGUAAGAGGGGGAGAAGCAAAACAGCAGCUCACAAACGCUCUAGCUAGCACGAAUUAACCAAUGCCAUCUAUUAGGCGAUUCUUCCCCUCUCUGCUGUAGCACUGCCUAUCUGGAAACAGGAGCAACCAAGCAGGCACGUUCCUGCACUGAAGUAUGGGCACACAUCCCUACCACUUCAGAAAGCCAACACUUAACCAUGUGUAUUAUAUCCAUGUUCAGCAACACAGUUUAUAUCCAAGCUGCAGACGUUGUCUCCAGAAGAAGUAAACUUCCAAUUCCAGUGC